GAGAAAUGGUACAGACGAAGAAGUUCAGAGGUGUCAGGCAACGCCAUUGGGGUUCUUGGGUCGCUGAGAUUCGUCAUCCACUUCUGAAAAGGAGGGUGUGGCUGGGAACGUUCGAGACUGCCGAGGAGGCCGCCAGGGCUUAUGACGAGGCCGCUGUGCUCAUGAGCGGCCGCAACGCCAAGACCAACUUCCCCGUCCCACACAACGACAACAACUCCUUCGAUGGCAAAAUCGACAUUUCGUCAUCAUCAUCGUCGUCUAAACCUUCCCUCUCUUCCAUCCUGAGUGCCAAACUCAAGAAAUGCUGCAAAUCUCCAUCACCUUCACUCACUUGCCUUAGGCUCGACAACGAGAAUUCUAAUAUUGGGGUGUGGCAGAAACAUGCUGGCCCAAAGUCCGACUCCAGUUGGGUCAUGACGGUGGAACUCGGCCCCAGAGCCAACGUUUCCGCCGCCUCGCAGGAGGCCGGAGCUUCGGAGGCGGCUGCAAUGGAGGCCGGUGGGUUGGAUGAGGAGGAGAAGGUUGCUUUGCAGAUGAUAGAGGAGCUCCUCAAUGGAAACUAAUCCAUUAUAUCAUCAGCUUGCCAUGUCUCGAUGAUAUAUAUCCCAAUAAGUAUAUCCAUUAGUUAUACCUUAAGUAACAAUAUUUAUAUACGAACGUUUAUGUGUUUGUUAGUUAUGUUCGUUCCAUACAUACAUAUGAAAGCUACUCGACAUGUAAUGUUGUAUUAGUGACCACAAAAAUCUUC